AUGUCCACGCUACUAGAGAUAAAAAGCAGCGUCUUAAGACAAGUGCAAAAUCGACAGUCCUUCCGCCGAAGAGCGGAGACUGAGUCAAGCGGGCCGCUGCAGGAGACCAGCAAGGUGACAAGUGCUGUCAGUGAGGAGACGGGAGAUUUUUUCGAUCGAAUGAGAAGUGUACUUCAGAAACAAGAAAGCAUGCAGCGGUAUUGGAGGAACGAGGGUGUUUUAAAUAACAGCAUCCCACCUCCUCAUGAGAACACCGGUGAACACAGAGCAACAGACAAGCUGAUAAUGUCCAAAAGGGAGCUGGAAAUGCUGUACGAGGAAAUUAUCUAUACAUUAGUUUAUAUGGCUGGUGUUGUAUCCUCCGAACAUGUUGCCAGUGAAGAAGAACUUUUUUACUAUCUUCAAAUGGUUUUUGGAAUAAGUGAGAGUGACCAUGAGUCCAUUCUGAUGCGUGUCAAAGAGUCGAAGGCACCUAUCUACGCUUUAAAAGUCACUGUGGUUCAGGCCAAAAAUCUUCUUGCCAAAGAUGCCAAUGGUUUCAGCGACCCGUAUUGCAUGCUGGGAAUUAUGAUUGUGCAAAGCUCAAAAGAAACCGAGGAAAAGAAAGAGAGGAAAUUUAGCUUCAGAAAAAAGAAAGACAAAAUGGAAAAACGCUCAAGUAUAAGGGAAGUGCUGCCUGCAAAGUAUAUCCAGGUCACCGAGGUCAAGAACAAUACCUUGAAUCCAAUUUGGAACGAAAACUUUCAUUUUGAAAUUGAUGACAUUUUCAGUGACCUGCUACACCUGGAUAUUUGGGAUCAUGAUGAUGAUGUGUCUGUCGCAGAGGCUUGCAAGAAGCUAAAUGAAGUCAGUGGAUUUAAAGGGAUGGGCAGGUACUUCAAGCAGAUAGUGAAAUCGGCAAGAGCAAACGGAACAACCGGCUCUGCCGAGGACAAUGCAGAUGACUUCUUAGGAUGCCUUAACAUCUCCAUUAACGAGAUCCCCGUGGGAGGGGUAGAUAAAUGGUUUAAAUUGGAACCAAGAACAAGUUCUUCAAAAGUUCAAGGAGACUGUCACCUCAUCAUAAAACUAAUUACCAACCAGAGGGACACGGUGCUGAGCAAGAAGGCAUCUGGCGCAGUGAUUCAUGAAAUGCUGCUAACCCAGCUGCUACAGUAUGAACACAAGCAGACGAAGGUUGAAUUUUGGAACUGGAAGGGGGAAGUGAGCAAGCAUGCAUACACCAUAAUGUCACACCAUAGUAUGCAGACUGACCUGUCCAGUCUACAACAGGCCAUCCUAAAAUGGCAGGCAUUCAGCAAACACCACCAAGUGCACCCCCUGGACUACAGCUAUCUGCUUGGACUUCUUAAGAACAUCGAGGAACUGUGGGAUCCUGCCUCAUGUACUAGAGAAUUGGAGGAGAACUUAGCGGAAAGCUUCACCCUCUUCACUGAAUAUUGUCUCCUGCUGCUGAAGAAGCUGAGGGACAACUUCCCGGUGCUGAACACCACCGUUAUCUGCCGCCUGGAGUUCAUGUUAAGGUGUCUCAACCAGAUCCAGAACAUGCAAGCCUUCAAGACGGUGUGCCCCUUCCACAAUGAACUGCAUCUGGAAAUUGCAACUGUGUUAAAGAAAGGAACAUUGGAAUGGUACGAAAAGACGUACACGCCCUAUAGACCUGACGAAAAGAACGAUGUGGAGCAGCUGCGGUGUCUGGUGAAGCUGUCAGAUGCCGUUCAUGAAGAUAUAGAGAAAAGUCAGAACGUCUACAACAAGCUUUUUGUCAGCAUUGUAAAGGUGGAUUACUUCAGUAUCACCUACCGGCAGCUAGAGAAACUGGUGGCUGAUGAAGUGAGCAUCACAAUGGAGAACAUAAAGGGAUCAGAGCACGAAGAGCCGCAUAUCACCCAUGCUAUAGGGGAGAUGUUAUUUGAACUCUACAUCACCCUCAAUGAACUGAGGCGCUUCAGGGAUUACUUGCCCUUAAAAGACAAUAAAUCCUUGGCUUUGACUGGAUUCCACGAGCUGUUUAAAGUGUCCAUUCACACAUGGCUGCAAACCGUGCAUGAAAAGACCUGUGAGCGGAUACAGCGAGCAGUAGAAGCGGAUAAGCUUGAGUAUGUGGACUCUCUUUCUAAGCACAGCAGCUCAGCGGUAGAUGUCACUAUAUGCUUCUCACAAAUCCAAGAGUUUUGGGCACAGCUUUCCUGGCCGGACUCCUCUGAGGCCUUUGUCUUUUUAACUCAGAUUUCUGAUGAUAUGUGCAAAGCAGCAAUAUAUUAUUCAGAAGCAAUUAAACGUAAAGUUGAUAAAAGUCACCAAUCAGCAGGACAUACUGUAGUUACAGAACAGCCCUGCAUAAUCCUGAAUAACAUCGAGCAUGUGCGCAAGUUCAUGGGCAAUGUCCUGAAAAAUCUAGAUUGGAAGUCUAUUGAGACAGCAGCAGAACAAACAAGUGGCAGUGAAGCGAAGCAGCAGGUGCAAAAGGCGUUGAGUACCCAGCUUCAGAAUAUUGAUAUAGACAUGCAGAGGGAAGCCAAGAACAUGAUCUCGCAACUAACAGAAAGGAUGAUCGGAGAUAUAAAGAAAUAUAUACAGCACAUAAGCUUAUCACCGGAUUCCAUCCAGAAUGAUGAGGCGGUGUCUCCACUAAUGAAAUAUCUGGAUGACAAGUUAAUUAUACUGAGUGAAACCUUGGUGAAGGAAAACUUGUACAGGGUCCUAGAAGCUCUGUGGUGGCUCCUCUUGAAAUUCAUUAUUGAUGCAGUGGACUCCAACCGAGGAGUGUCUGUAGAGUUCUAUGGACGGUUUUAUUACACACUGGAGGCUCUGGUAGACUUUUUCCACGCAGAAGGACAGGGGUUACCACUGGACACCUUGCGGAAUGGAGAUUACCGGUUCUUAGAAGAAGAGCUGCGUCUGAAUAAAUGUUCCACAAGUGAACUUAUUGAAAAGUACUAUCUGGAUAACAUUAAGGAGCAGAGAUCAGCCGAGCAUAGCAAAUACGGAAGAAUUAGCGUUAAGUGCUAUUACGAGACCUCAGAGCAGAAGCUGUAUGUGGAGGUGCUGCACGCCGCCGAUCUCAUCGCACUGGAUGCAAAUGGUCUUAGUGAUCCCUUCGUCAUCAUUGAGCUCUGUCCCAAUCAUGUUUUCCCCAUGGUCAAAAGUCAACGAACACAAGUUAAAGCCAAAACCUUACACCCAGUGUAUGACGAGCAGUUUUAUUUCUCAGUGUCGUCAGAGCAGUGUCGGAGGAAAUCCGCCUGCAUUGUCUUUACCGUCAUGGAUCACGACUGGCUCUCCACUAACGACUUUGCUGGUGAGGCUGUCCUCCCUAUGAACGUCAUCUAUGGAUUAAAUCGACCUCACAUUACAGGUGGAGUGAAAAACGUCCAGCCCACAGUACUGAAGCUGACAAGACCUAAGGCCAAUGUGAAGUCAAUACUGAAGAUGCUGGACGGCAGAAUAGACAAGGAAGCACAAGAUUUUGUGAAGAAACUUCGGGAACUGGAGAAGUUUAUGGAAGACGACUGA